ACACGUGAGGUGAACUGGCGCCACCAACGAAGUUCCUACUUUGUCCGCAACUGUCGCUGAAGUCAACUCGGAGUUGCACCCCAGAGCGAAAUCGUAUAAUUUGUUGAAAGAUUAGCUGUGUUUUGAAAAUAUUUGUAAGACGUUUUAAUAAGGAGUAAAGUAAACCGGAUUGUGUAGUUUCUAAUAAAAAUGACUACGGCUGCGAGACCCACGUUUGAACCUGCUAGAGGAGGCCAAGGACGUGGCGAAAAGGAUUUAAGUGCGAUAUCAAAACAAUAUAGUAGUAGAGAUUUACCUUCUCAUACGAAGCUAAAGUACAGAGAACAUGGUCAAGGAACGAUAGAGGAAUUGCGAAAUCGCGACUUUCGCAAAGAAUUAGAAGAACGUGAACGCGAAAGAGAGAAAGGUAAAAGUUCUAAUCGACGUAUGAUAGAGCCACCUCGAGAAACUUCUGCGACUAGUACCAAAAGACAAAAGAUAGAUCAAGUUCCGACAGCAAGUUUAGAUGCAGACGAUCCUCUAGAUGAUGACGAUUCAGAAUCAGAAAGCGACGAAGAUGAUACUGCUGCCCUUUUGGCUGAAUUGCAACGUAUUAAAAAGGAAAGAGCUGCAGAGCAAGCAAAGAAGGAAAUGGAGAAACGGCAAGAAGAGGAAAGAAUAAGAAUGGAAAAUAUACUAUCAGGGAACCCUUUAUUAAAUUAUUCAUCACAGAGUGGUCGAACAGACAUGAAAGUCAGACGACGAUGGGAUGACGACGUUGUUUUCAAAAAUUGUGCUCGCUCCGAACCAAAGAAGAAACACGAUGUGUUCAUAAACGAUUCGUUAAGAAGUGAAUUUCAUCGUAAAUUUAUGGAAAAAUAUGUUAAGUGAGAAAUUCCUGUGAAAAGUAUACUGUGUCUGUACAUAAUUUUAAGGUAGUUUUACCAUUAUAAUUGUAUAAAUUCGUCGAAAGUUUCCAGCUGAAAAGACGUAAACAAAUGUUCUGAUGCGUCUAAAACUUUAAAGGACAACUCGUUCUAAAAUUACAUUUUAUUAAUUCACAUCUUAAUUCUACGUGUACAUUAAUACUAUCACAUGUGCAUUACUCAAUUAUACAAACAUUUUGUAAUUAAUAAUUACGUAAAUUGUUUAAUUAAACAAAAAUGUUAAAAACUUCGAACCAUUGAAAUUUAAAAGUAGGGAACACAUCGAUUGAUUCGCAGUUUUCUUUUGUCGUGUACCUCUUUGUAGUACGGUGCCUAAAGAUUAACACUUCAAGUAGGACCAUUUGAAUAACUAAAAAUAGACGUAAAGAUAUUGGAACGAGGACGAAAAAGUAGGACGGGAUAGAUUAGUGUAGCGUUAGGUAAAAUGUAAUUUAUAACUAUGGUUACCGAGUAAUCAAUAAUCACGGUGAACAAUUAAUGAACAAUCAUUAAACGCGUUUAAUGAUUAACAGACAGGGAAUUUCACGCAUUUAGAUGUAUGUUAAUAUGGGAAACAUGCAAAACAUAUGUAAAAUAUGGUUCAAACAUAAUAAUAACAUUCUAUUUUACACUGGUA